AAAUUAUAUAGAAAUACAUAUAAAACACUUUCAUUAUUUGAUGUUACUGAUCCUUUAAAUUUCUAAGUUUAACACUAGUACCUGGUAGCUAGGGUAAGACCUUAGCAACCAUCCAUAGACAAACUAGAAAAUGACACCACAAAAAGUUAAGUAAAUCACUGGUUCUGCUGCCUUGGGCGGAAUACUGGCUUGAAUUAGCUUUGCUAGAGAUUUCAGUUAAAGCCAGAAAACCUGUUUCUCUGCAUUUUUUGGAGUAUUUUUUAAAGGUUUUAUGAGUUUAUUUUUGGAAAUCUACAAGCCUUUUCAUAUUACUAUCGAAUCUAAUAAAAGAGUAAAGUGGAUUGAAAAUCUCUUUAUCCCCAAUUCAGUUGUUGUUGUCUAAGGAAAACAGCCUAUUGAGCAAGCAGUCCCACCCAUUUGACAAACAACAGGGGAGCAGCAACAGUCUACAAGUUUCUCAUCCUGUGCUGUUAAAGAACUGUCAUGGAUCAGCCUAGGCAACAGAUAUGAUAGUCUGACUCGUCAAAGGAGGACAUGCUUACAAGUGAGUUACAUUUGACCUUAAAAUGAAAUCUACGCAGUUCAAGAUUACAGUAGCUGCUAUAAUCAUAGCCUUUGUGCUCCUCCUUGCAGCUGCCAUUUCUGCCAUUGUAGUAGUUGUAGUAUUAGGUAAACAAAGUCCAGCAUCAAGUGCUAAAAACCUUCGUUAUUUUAGUGGCUCAUUAAGGAUACUUAACUUGAACUACAGUGAUGAAUAUACAAUAACCACCAGCAAUGGUUUUAAGCAAAUGGCAGCUAAAAUUGCUAAAGUUCUUGAUUCAGCAUAUGAGGAUUCAGAGCUUAAGAACCAGUACAACAGCUCACAGGUCAUCAGCCUAAGUCCUGGAAGUGUAAUACCAGUAUUUGUGCUAUUAUUUAACUUUGUCAACAAUGGAAGCAGUGCCUCAACUGUCCAAGGGAUAUUUGUAGAAAAUAUGAAAAAUACUUCAAAAACUGGCUUUGAUGUUGACCAGAGCUCACUUCAUUUAUCAGAAAUUUCCUCUUCAGACGCACAGAAUCUCCUUUACAGUGUUCCAAGCACAACAACAGCUUAUACAACUACUGCUGCAGACUUUACAGCUUGUGGAAUUGGAGGUCCUUCAGUUUCGAACAGGAUAGUUGGAGGAACUAAUGCAGGCCUAGGUUCAUGGCCUUGGCAAGCGAGUCUGCGUUUAUUAGGUAGUCAUACAUGUGGAGCUUCUUUACUCAAUGAUACCUGGCUGGUAGCUGCUGCUCAUUGUUUCGAUAUGAAUGCAGAUGCAAAUUCAUGGACAGUAGUUUUGGGAACAAUAAAUGUAUACUCUGGUUCUGAGUUUAAGAUCGAGAAAAUUAUCAUCUAUGAAGGUUACACCAGUCACAACCACAGGAAUGAUAUUGCACUCCUUAAAUUGUUCACUCCACUGAACUUUACAAGUAUUAUUCGGCCAGUGUGCCUACCAGAAGCAUCCGAUAUCUUUCCUGAUGGCUCAUCAUGCUACAUCACGGGAUGGGGAGCACUUACAGACGGAGGUUCAGCAUCCCAAGUGCUGCAGCAGGCUGAAGUAAAGAUAAUUAAUUCAGACACAUGCAGCAGUUCUCAGAUGUAUGGGGGUCUAAUAUAUCCAUCAAUGAUAUGUGCUGGUUAUGCAACAGGACAAAUUGACUCCUGUCAGGGAGAUUCUGGUGGGCCUUUAGUCACCCUAAAAUCUGGCAGAUGGGUCCUUAUUGGAAUUGUGAGCUUUGGAUAUGGAUGUGCAUUACCAAACAAACCUGGCGUAUAUUCCAGAAUAACCUAUUUGCGCAACUGGAUAACAGCACAUUCUGGCCUAUAAUGAACAAUGCUAAUACAGUAUAUAGGCCUGAAGGAUGGUUUAUAAAAAAAACAUAAGAGAUGAUAUACAGGUGAUCUAGAUUCAUGUCUUCUGAAAAAAGAGAAUUUCCUACAUUCUAGGAAUAAUGCAGCUGCACAUUUUGUAUAAUUUGCUAAUGGUGCAUUUUCUGUGUUACUGGCCCUCGUAUGACUGCACUAAUAUUAUAGUGUUUGCACAAGUGAUGCUUUGCCUUAGCACACUGUAUUUCAUGUUACUAGCAAAUGUAUUCAAAAGGCCAGUAAACAUUGUAUUCAUUUUAAAGCUGCUUCUUUAUUUAAAGCUGGCUAUUUUUCCAGGCCAGUUCUAUUGCAUUCUCUGAUAACAGCAUAGCACAAUUAAAUUGUAUAUAUUAUAUUGUAUGUGUAUUAUAUUGUAAAUUGUUUGUAUUAUAGCAACUGCACAUUUCAGGAAGCACUUUCUUUUUACAGUGUGUAAUUUAUGCAGAUUAAACUUCCUGUUAUACAGGAUUAUUUUAAAGCUCAUUAUAAUGAGUCUCUUAUUUGUAUUGUGACUUAUCUAAGGCUGUGAAACAAGCCUUUGGGGGUUUGCUGUUGGAUACAGUUGGCUUUUUAACAUUUCCCAAAGGCCUAAACUCUGUGUUGCACUUUGUUACCAUUUCUUGAGUUAAUCAAUGUAUAAAGUGGGUAACCAUCUAGUAAUUUCUUUCUUUUUGAAAAGACUGAUCCCAGCAUUCUUAGAUGCUGAUGUUUGUAGAUUUCUCAUAAUUAAUAAUUGUUGUCAAUUUUGUUUUCCUCAUUUUUUUCUACAAUGAAGGAACAAAUGUUGUAUAUGACACAAAACUUGGAUGACAUUUCAUAUUUGAUUCCAAUAAAAGUUAAUAAUGAUGAUA